AUGCGUUUAGGUACUUCAUGUGAAGAAAGUGACGGUUCUCAAUUACCAUGUCCCCAAGGCUAUUUGAAUUUCACCAAGGAUGGAAGCAUACGUUGCCACAACCAUGAUAUGAAUAGAUACGGUCCGCUGCAAAGCUAUUUUCAGCUAACAUUUGGUUCAUACUCCUACGAAGAGGCAGAUAGAAUCUGCAGAUCGCGAGGAGGCGAGCUCUCAAUGCUAUCAGAUGAGGAGGAACUGCUCAUGUUGAGAAACGAGACAAAAAAGCAAGGAGUUGAAGGGUAUAUAAUGCUCAGAAAGGAAGAAGAGGCAAAUGACACAUGCAUUUUUUUCAAAGUAAACGAUUGUGACAAUUCAACUGUUGAAAUGGAUUGCAAUGGCUUGGAAGCUGCACAGAGCAAAGGUUUCGCCUGUAUGCUACCUGAAUCAUUGGAAUGUACAGUAAAAGACGGUGGUCAAACAUGCAAGAUGAUAGCGUGCCAAAAAGGAGAGGCUUCGUACUACCGUACGAAUGGUACAUUAGUCUGCCAUAAGUUUAAGAAGUCGCAAGAAGAAUUUUUGGCUGCAAGAAAGAAGCGUGCUAUGGAACCCUAUGGAUUGGUAGCAGACGGAGACUCAAAUCGUAAGCACAUGCACUUCAUUGCUUCAAAAACUAACCCCUUCGCAUGGGAUUUUGACGACACAUUAAACAAAAUAGGUCCAUACAACAAUUUCGACGAAGGGGAACCAGAUGGAGAUCGACGU